AUGCAAGAAGAGUAUGAUGCGUUAAUCAAAAAUCAAACUUGGGAACUCGUAACGCGAGACCUGUCCAAUACUGUGGUGGACUGCAAAUGGUUGUAUAGGAUCAAGAGAAAAGCAAAUGGCUCUAUAGACCGUUUCAGAGCUCUUCUAGUUGCAAAAGGGUUCACGCAACACACUGGUUUGGAUUUUCAUGAAACAUUCAGUCCCAUUGUCAAACCAGCGACGGACAGAACAAAAUCUGGCACCUCUCUAUUUGUAUGGAAGCAUAUGGCUGUAACUAUUUGCGUUCUUGUCUAUGUUGACGACAUCAUAAUCACUGGCAACCAUCCAAAAGUGAUCAAAUUUUUCAUCAAUUCUUUGGCAGCUAGAUUUUCGUUGAAAGAUCUUGGCUAUUUGAACUACUUCUUGGGUGUUGACAUUAAGCACAUACCGGAUGGUCUCAUUCUUUCUCAAUCAAAAUAUAUUCUGGAUAUUCUUUCCGAACUGGAUAUGGAAAAUUACAAAGGUGUUUAUACCCCCAUGUGUUCCAUUGUACCACUUCGAGUGGUUGACGGUUCGCCACAUACUGAUGUCACUCGCUACCGGCGUACCCUUGGCAAAUUACAGUAUUUGUCCCUCACAUGGCCUGACAUCUCUUAUGCAGUCAAUAAAUUGUCUCAAUUUUUGCAUAUCCCGAUUGAUGAACAUUGGAAAGCGGUUAAAAGAGUGCUAUGGUAUCUCAAAGAAACUGCAAGUUUAGGACUUCGCAUCAUUCACAGCUCUGACUCCAAUUUGUAUAUGUAUGUUGAUGCGGACUGGGCUGCCAAUCCGAAUGACAGAAUCUCUACAUCAGGUUACAUUCUUUUCUUUGGACCAAAUCCAGUUAGUUGGUCAUUAAAAAAACAAUGUGUAGUAGCUCGCUCAUCCACCGAGGCAGAGUACAAAUUUGUCGCCAAUGCACUUGCAGAGCUCACUUGGGUGCGAAACUUACUUCAUAAGUUACAUGUCACCAUUUCAAAGACGCCAACAAUCUACUGUGACAAUGUUAGAGUGACUUAUUUAUCUCACAACCCAGUGUUUCAUACCCGUAUGAAACAUGUUGUUGUUGAUUUUGCUUAUGUCCGUGACCAGGUUCAAGAUCAUCGAGUCCAUGUUACUCAUACCCAUGCUUGUGAUCAACUUGCUGAUACAUUCACCAAGCCACUGCCUAAAUCAGCAUUUACUAGGUGUCGUUCCAAGUUAGGCAUUAUUGCACCUUGCGUACCUCGAAGGGGUGUAUUAACGAUAUCUGUAGGUUGCUAA